GAGGGAGCUCAGGUGUCAGCUCAGACCAUUGCUGCAGACAGGCUCCUAGGCUGCAGUGUGUGCCCGCGGCCGAAUGGUGGCGCUGUAGUAGUUGUCUGUGAGAAGAGAUCACACUUGUAAAGCUUCCUGCAUGCUGGGACGGUGGCGGGAUCACUGAACAUGGGUUCUAGGCUAAGGCUGGAGAUAAGGAAGAAUAUGGAGACUGGCAGCCUGAUACUGGGUGGCCUUGAAGGCAAAAGAUUUCCAAUUGACAUUUCUGUGAGUCAAUCAGCUUUGCAAAUUCAAUCUCCGGAUAGCUGUGACAAGCUUCAUCUGCCACAAGAGGUCAAGCUAGUUCCUUCAACGUGUAGAUAUGUACAGCACGUCUCUGGGGAAGGUUUGCAUGUAAGGAUGAAGGCUCACGUUGACUACAAAACAGAAAAUACUUCAACUGUUAAGGAAAUACUAAAAUGUCAAGAAGAAUACACAUUUUACUGCCAGUCAUGUGGAGCAAUUAUUGUUCAUCAACAGCAGUUCCUCCGAGUACUUCCUUUGCCCACUGAAAACUGGAGCUCUUUGGUUGAAGAAUGGUGCUGCCACCCUGAUCCCUUUGCCAAUCGACGAUGCUUGCCCAAGGUUAACGACUGCUUUCUGGGAGACACGUUCCUUUUGGUGAAUAAAGCAAAUAUCUCAGACCCCCCUGGAGAGACUAAUGAGAUGUCAGCUGUUCCUCAUCCAGUUGAUGCUAAUGUCUCAAAAUCAAAGGAAAAUACCAAAGUCGUUUGCCAGCGUUGCAAAGCAGUACUGGGAGAGUCGAUGUCAUCAGACACUAUCCAGUACUAUAUCACUGAAAUAAUGAUUCGACCAUCGUGUCAUGCAUACACCAUGAUUUCAAGGAACCAGUUUGUGGAGAGUAUGAUUGUCCAGAUUCUCCUGAAAUUCUCAUCCUCCAGAAGCACUUUCAGGUUUUGUGUUCAAGGACAAAAUGGCAAACUUUUCCUGCUGCUCUGGUUGCUCAAUGUUGACACUGUUUUGAUAGAAUCAACAUCAUCUGGAAGAAAUAAUUCAUAUUUUUUUUCUGGAAAUGCAUCCAGUGACUCUUCACAGUCCUUAGAAGUUCAGAAUUGUGCAAGGCUACUAUACAUACCAUGUAUUGACAAAAGUCAUCCAGAACUUGAGGAUAAAUGGAUGAAUGAAACUGGAGCUCAUUCAUUGACGUUUCCAUCCAGGACUUGCUUAGAGCUGAUCUUGUUGCUCUCUCUCAACAAUGCCUCUUUGCCUCAUUCCUUGCGUUUUAUGAAUGAAUGGCAGCAUCAUUUUCCAAUGAGUUUGCUUCAGGAUUUGUCCUUCCAGUGAAUAUUCAGGGUUGAUUUCCUUCAAGAUUGACUGACUGGUUUAAUCUUCUUGCCAUCCAAGGGACUUUAAAAAGUCUUCUCCAACACCAUAGUUCAAAAGCAUCAAUUCUUCGGCAUUCAGCUUACCUUAUGGUCCAACUCAAUAAAAUACUACUGAGAAAACUAUAGCUUUGACUAUACGGCACUUUGUCAGGGCGAUGUGUCUGCUUUUUACAAUGUUGUCUAGGUUUGCCAUUGCUUUCCUCCCAAGAAGCAAGUGUCUCUUAAUUCCAUGGCUACAUUCACCGUCUGCUGUGAUCUUGUAGCCCAGGAAGAUAAAAUCUGUUAGAUCUGAGUUGGCAAGCAAGCAUGUUAUUAUUUUAUAAGCGGCUUAUACACAAGAAGUAAGCUACAUUCUGCAGUGUUCCUUUAAUAAGAAUUGUUUGUUACUUUCAAAUUAUCAGAUCCCAAAGACGUAAUUUGCCCCAUCAUAAUGCAGUGCAAUCUAAUAUGACACUUUUCCUUCAAUAUGUAUUAAAGCAUGCAACGUCAGUUUAUUCAUUAAAGAGCUUCAAACUGUCAAAAAUGUGGGGGGAAAAGAGUAUUUAGCUGGACCUAAAUCUUCUACCAUUUGCCUUGUCCCAGUUUAAAGCACCCCGUGGAGCAUUUGUUAAUUGUCUUCUAUGUGAACCUUAACCCCACAAGCAUAGAGAUUUCUAUGCCAUAGAACUGUUGAAGCCUACUGUCCGAGAUUUCAUGCACAGAGGUUACAAAUACGCAAUAAAAAAGAAAUAAUAGUAAAGCUCCCUGCAUUUCACUAUAUUCGCACCUGAACUGUAAAUAGUGUGUAACAAAAAGAUUCAAGUGUGUUGGAAAGCUUGUGUAAGGAAUAUUGACUCUGACAUUCACCUGUUUGUUUUCCCUGUUUCCAUAGCUAUGUGUAUCUUGUAUAAAUAUUUGCAUCAAGCGCUUGAAGUGCUGAGGUCUAGGAUGAUGCUAUUGAUUAAGACUUCACGCCAAGUCACCUGAUUUAAACUUUUAACACAGUUCUACUCCCACCUUUUAUACUUUACGUUGUCCUGCUCUCUAGGAUCUUGGAUGGCUAGGAUCACUGAAACAGAGCAGCUCCCUGUUAAAGCUCAAACUGUUAAGUAUAUAUUUAAGACUGUGUCUGAUCUCAUACUUUGAGCCUCCUUUAAUCUAGCUGUUUAAAGAUUAGUUUUACAUAGUUGUGUGAUCAUCUUGUUUCUGUUACUAUAACACUCUGUAACCAUUUACAGUGGUGCUUUGAGUUCCUUGCCCUGUGAAUCCAAAUUGCAUAUUAUCAGACUACAAAGUAAUUUAUUUGCAGUUGGUUCCCUUUAAAAUACCUUGCAUUCUUUCAGUUUUACAUGUGAUUC